CACUUUGGGGGCGAAGGAAUAUAUUAUAUAGUCACUGAUAUAUAUUCAUAUCUCUCUCUCUCUCUCUCUCUCUCUCUUUCUCUUUCAUUUCACUUCUCACUUCUCACUUCUCACUCGCUCUUCUCCGCCAACAACCUCCAUCGCAACCAUGUCGGACGAAGAGCACCAUUUCGAAUCCAAGGCCGACGCAGGAGCCUCCAAAACCUACCCUCAGCAAGCUGGUACCAUUCGCAAGAACGGCUACAUCGUUAUCAAGGGCCGUCCCUGCAAGGUUGUUGAAGUUUCUACUUCUAAGACUGGGAAGCACGGACACGCUAAGUGCCACUUUGUUGGAAUUGAUAUCUUCACCGCUAAGAAGCUUGAGGAUAUCGUGCCAUCUUCUCACAACUGUGAUGUUCCUCAUGUGAAUCGUACUGAUUACCAGCUCAUUGAUAUUUCUGAGGAUGGAUUUGUGAGUCUACUUACUGAGAAUGGGAACACUAAGGAUGACCUCAGGCUUCCAACUGAUGAUAGUCUGCUCACCCAGAUAAAGGAUGGAUUUGCCGAGGGUAAGGAUCUUGUUGUUUCUGUCAUGUCUGCUAUGGGUGAGGAACAGAUUUGUGCCCUGAAGGAUAUUGGGCCGAAGAACUAGCUUCUGUUUCUGGCAGUUGGUUGUUUCCAUUUAAGCAAAGAUAUUUUUGUAAGCUUUUAUUUUAUCGUUUUGUUUAAGACUUGGCUUAUAGAUUCUAGUCAGUCUAGUCUUACCAAUGGUGUUUGUGGAUGUGGUGACAGAAACUAUAUCACAUUUUUAUGUUUAUCUCUGUUGUCCUGUGACUUUAUUAUAAAGGAGGAGUCUAUUCUGGCAAGUUUCUUUUUUAUUUUUGGUAUAAUGCGAUAUUUUUAUUGACUGCAGUGGUGAAAACUUAACAUGCUA